AUGACCCUGGAAAGAAUGGCUUUAGGAAAUGACUCUUCAGUGACAGAAUUCAUCCUGCUGGGCUUGACACAGAAUCCAGAGCUCCAGCUGCCUCUCUUCUUCCUCUUCUUGGGAAUCUAUGUGGUCUCUGUGGUGGGGAAUCUGGGCUUGAUUGUUCUGAUUGUUUUGAAUCCUCACCUGCACACCCCCAUGUACUACUUUCUCUUUAAUCUUUCCUUUAUUGAUUUUUGCUACUCCACUGUCAUAACCCCCAGAAUGCUGGUGGGUUUUGUGAAGCAGAACAUCAUCUCUCAUGCUGAAUGCAUGACUCAGCUUUUUUUCUUCUGCUUCUUUGUUAUUGAUGAAUGCUACAUUUUGACAGCAAUGGCCUAUGACAGAUAUGCUGCCAUCUGUAAGCCCCUGCUUUAUCAGGUCACCAUGUCUCAUCGGGUCUGCCUCUUGAUGACAGUCGGGGUGUAUGUGAUGGGGCUUCUGGAAGCCAUCACACAUACUGGCAACAUGCUAAGCCUGACCUUCUGUGAUGGCAACAUCAUCAAUCAUUACAUGUGUGAUAUAUCCCCUCUUCUACAACUCUCCUGCAGAAGCACCUCCAUGAAUGAAGUGGUGGUUUUCAUUGUUGUGGGUUUUAACGUAACAGUGCCCAGCUUGACUAUCUUUAUUUCUUACACUUUGAUCCUUUCCAACAUCCUCAGCAUCCAUUCUACAGCAGGUAGAUCGAAAGCCUUCAGUACCUGUGGCUCCCAUGUCGUAGCUCUUUCUCUUUUCUUCGGAGCUGUAGCCUUCAUGUAUCUUAAACCAUCCAGUGCAUCUGUGGAUGAUGAUGAUAAAGUCUCUACCAUUUUUUAUACAAUUGUGGGCCCAAUGCUGAAUCCUUUCAUCUACAGUAUAAGGAAUAAGGAUGUUCACAUUGCCCUGAGAAAAACUUUGAAGAGAAGCACGUUUCCUUAA